AUGAAUACGCCCUUGGAUGAAUUGCAAUGGAAAUCCCCAGAAUGGAUUCAAGCAUUUGGACUGCGAACCGACAAUGUGCUCGACUAUUUCGCUGAAUCGCCCUUCUUCAACAAGACUUCUAAUAACCAAGUGAUCAAGAUGCAAAGACAGUUUUCACAGAUGGGCCCACCAUUGGCAACGGAUGGUUCUCAGGGUGGUACGAGACAAGAUCCAGCGUCACAGGGUGGUGGUAACAAUGCACAGGGUGGUGGAUCAGAAUUUGGACAUUUGGAACCUAUAAGAAGGGAAAUACUGGCUAAAUACCCUAUACAUGCAAUUUUGGAACGGGAAUUGAGCAAAAUGAAAGGGUUGGAGUACGUUGUUGCACAUAUUAGGGAACCUGAUUUCUGGAUAAUUAAAAAGCAAAAUCGUUUGGGCCCUUACCAGGUACAGGUAUUGCAGGAUUAUUACAUUAUCGGAGCUAACGUUUAUCAAUCGCCAUCAGUGUUUCGUAUUAUACAGAGCAGGCUCAUGUCAACCAGUUUCCACUUAUCGAGUACGUUGGAAAGGUUACACUCUUUGGCAGAAUUUAGUCCAUCUCAAGGUGUACAGUUUAAGAGGCCCCAAGAUGCUAUGGGACCAAAUACAAGUGCGCCUGCAACAGCUGCUACCACAGGUCCCCUAUCUGCGGUGGCAACCGCACCCACAGCACAAGCUACAGGUUCACAAUUGGACCAGGCGGCUCCUCAACAUUCUAUAACACCAGAAAUGAUGCAUAAAUUGAUGGUGAUAAGUGUCAAAUCUACACCAGAAUAUAUAUAG